GAACAGCUGUUUGAGGAUUUCCCAUUAGUCCCGAGGGCUCACGUUCGCAAGGUCAUGGAACAAUGUAACUUUUUCUAUGCGCCUACGCACCUGCGUCUAUUACGCGAAUCCCAGUCAGAGGCUCUGCCAUACACUCCGAAGGGUCGUCCAACCCCAAGCAAGAUCAAAGGCAAGGGGAAGGCGACGUUUGAUCCUGAUUUUGAAUCUGAGAGGGAGUGGCUCCUACUCAAGAUUGGAGCAGAUAAGCUGAAAGCGGAUGAAGAACUUGCAGAGAAGCUCAAUGAGGAAGAAUACGUGGCCAAUGGAGAAGGAUUGGAAUGCGGUUGUUGUUUUGGCGAGUAUGCCUUCGACAAGAUGGUUCAGUGUGCGGAAGGCCAUCUCUUCUGCCGGGAUUGCGCUAGACGCCAGGCGGAAGAGCGUCUUGGCCUCCGUCAGACAGAUCUACUGUGCAUGGACCAGUCUGAUUGCAAUGCACCCUUUCCGGAGACUGAAAUUGCCCGGUUUCUUACUGAAAAGUCGCUCAACUUAUAUCAUCGCAUCAAGCAAGGAAAGGAGAUCGAAAAAGCUGGACUCGUAGGACUUGAGAGUUGCCCAUUCUGCGAUUAUGCCUGUGUCAUCGAGAACGACGAGGAGAAGCUGUUCCGGUGCGAAAAUGAGGAGUGCCUCGUCAUAAGCUGCAGGAAAUGCAAGAAGACGGAUCACUUACCGAAGACCUGCAAGGAGGCAGAAGACGAUCUGCGUUUAAAUGCACGACACAUGGUCGAGGAAGCCAUGAGCAAUGCUCUCAUGCGGAAAUGUCCCAAAUGUCAUCAUCCCUUUGUCAAAGAAGGCGGUUGCAACAAGAUGACGUGCAAUCAAUGUCGCACGCUUUCAUGUUAUAGAUGCCGGCGGGUGAUACAGGGAUAUGAUCAUUUUAGCGAGCGUCCUGGUCAGCCGCGAUAUGGGGAAGCUGGCGCGGUUCGCGAUCCGAGCAAGUGCCCGCUGUGGGAUAUCGACCUAGAGAAGCUUCAUGCUGAUGAGGUUACAGCAGCUGCACGAAAGGCUCAAGAAGAAAUCCUCUCUACAGAUGACAAUAUUCAGAUUGUCAAGCAGGAUCUGGAAGUUGAUCUGCCAAAACCACCCCCACCACCCCCAGGUCCUGGUCCUGGUCAACCUGGAUACAAUGGCGGCGUGUUGCCUGCAGAGUUUAUGGAGCAUGUGCUUCCCAUGCCCAUUCCACAAGCCCUUCCGAUUGUGGUCCCUCCACCCAUCCAUCAUGCCCCAUUCCCGGCGCAGCACCAGUAUCACUACCAUGCGAUCGUGCAGUAUGCGCCCAUGCACGCUGUGGCCGUCAUCCAUCAAGGCAUCCAGCCUAUAAUUCA